ACUCUUCCCUCAUUACUAACCAACUCUAAUCUAAACUCCUCUUGUUUAUGCUUUUGGUGUCUACUUAGCUUAGUACACAAAGGUUGAAUCUUUGUGGACAAAUGCUUCACAAUUUGUUCCCCAAAGUGAUUGUUUUCGUAGAUUAUCACUUAAGAAGACGAAGAAGCAUGAGCAAAGACACAGAAUUUAUGAACUUCAACUACCACAUUAAGUCAACCAUGAUGAUGAUCAUCAUUACAUAGUCUUUUUCAAAAAAUAUCAUCAUGACAUAGUGUCUCUUCCUCCUCCCAUUUAAUGUUUCUUCCAUCUACCUCCAUUAAUACAUACAUCCAUACCUCGACAUCAUUCUAAACCCUCGAUUCUAACACAACCAGAAUCAAUCUUAGCUGUUCGAUUGCUUCCCAGGACACAGGACACAUGAUCACGACUAUGCAAGUGGCCCUUACAUUUCUUGAUUUGUCUACAAUUUGCCAUCUAUCACAAAACCAAACUAUUGUCUUAUCCCUUGGCACAGUAGUAAAAAAUAUGCUAAAAGGGUAAGUUAGUCGUUGUUUGGAUCUCACAUCUCUAAGCCUUCAAUUCAAAUGUCCAAUCCUCUAUGUGAUUCUUUCGAACAUAAGGUUCCCUGUGAAGACAAAGUUCUUGACUUUUUCUGGCAACUAUAAUAACAGAAUGAUCAGAUUACAUACAAGUUGUUCUCAGUGCUGUAAGAAACAGAGUCUUAUUGAUCAGAUCCAUACGUAUACAGUUACUUAACAUUAUCACCGCGUGACAUUAAUGCUUCUUCAACUGUCUAAAAGAUCAGUACUUUUUUUUUGUUCUUUUGUCAUUCCCUCCAUAUUCGUAUUCCCUUCAUUAUAUACAUCCAUUUACAUUCUUCACGUUCUCAAACCAAUCUCUCUCUUUCUCUCUCUCUCUUCUCUUCUUCACGUUCUCUCACUUAUCGGAUAAGGGAGUACGCAGAGAGAGAUGGCUAGAGUUUGUGUAAUGAUGAUGAAGGUAAUAAUGAUAAUGGCUAUGGCUAUGAACAUAGCUAUGUGUGAUCCAAUAGCACCAUGUUACUUCAUAUUCGGUGACUCUUUAGUUGAUAGUGGAAACAACAAUCGGCUUACCUCUUUAGCAAGAGCUGAUUACUUCCCUUACGGUAUCGACUUCCAGUUUGGUCCAACAGGCCGGUUCUCCAACGGCAAAACCACCGUCGAUGUCAUAACUGAGCUUCUUGGUUUCGAUGACUACAUUACACCGUAUUCUGAAGCAAGGGGAGAAGAUAUCCUGAGAGGAGUGAACUACGCUUCUGCAGCUGCUGGGAUCCGAGAAGAAACUGGUCGACAAUUGGGAGCUAGAAUAACAUUUGCAGGACAAGUAGCUAACCAUGUAAACACUGUGUCACAAGUGGUGAACAUACUCGGAGAUGAGAAUGAAGCUGCUAAUUACCUAAGUAAAUGCAUCUACUCGAUCGGGUUAGGCAGUAACGACUAUCUCAAUAACUAUUUUAUGCCUGUUUAUUACUCCACCGGGAACCAGUACUCCCCUGAUUCCUUUGCCAACGACCUCAUAACCCGCUACACCCAGCAACUUCGGAUAUUGUAUAACAAUGGAGCGAGGAAGUUUGCGCUAGUUGGUAUCGGAGCAAUAGGAUGCAGCCCAAAUGAGUUGGCACAGAACAGCAGAGACGGAACAACUUGUGAUGAAAGGAUCAAUUCCGCAAACAGAAUCUUUAACAGCAAGCUCGUAUCUCUGGUCGACCAUUUCAACCAAAACACACCAGACGCCAAGUUCACUUACAUUAAUGCUUAUGGUAUCUUCCAAGACAUGGUAUCCAAUCCUGCUCGCUACGGGUUUAGGGUGACAAACGCGGGAUGUUGUGGAGUUGGGAGGAACAAUGGACAGAUAACUUGUCUUCCUGGUCAAGCUCCAUGUCUGAACAGAGACGAGGUCGUGUUCUGGGACGCGUUUCAUCCAGGAGAAGCAGCGAAUGUUGUCAUCGGCGGUCGAUCUUUUCAGAGAGAAUCUGCUUCUGAUGCUCAUCCUUAUGAUAUCCAGCAGCUUGCUAUGCUCUAGUUCAUGCCAUUUGCUCCACACAAACACAAAGAGAGAGAAGGAGAAGGAGAAAGAUUUCAUCUUUUUUUGCUUAUAUAAGUGUUUGAUAAUUGUUUCUUUUUGUUGCAAAAGAAAUGUUAUUGGUUUUGUGGAUGAGUUUGGGCCUCAGCCCAAAUUCUAGAUCAUGAAACCUACUGCAACUAUAAGAAAUCAUUUUCAUA